UGCUGUUGGUUUUUUAGUCACUGUUUAGUCAUUCAUCGUGAGAUUAGUUGUCAUUAGGUGGUAAUUGUUGUGUUUGAAACUACCACAGUCAUUCUCAUGCAAGGACUAAGCCAAGAAUACGUUGUAUAUAUACGUUUAUUUAUGGUUUGACGUACAACUCCACUGAAUUGAAUGGAAAUGGCGGAGUGUGGACUAAAACAACGAAACACACAACACACAACCCCAUACAAACCCCUGGUGCUCUGGUAUGUACCAGCUCUGUAGUGACGAAUCCAUGUGGACUGUCAGACAUGGAAGGUGAGGGAGCCCUGGAGGCACUUGGUGAACAGUUGUAUAGUUUGAUCUAUCUCAAACAUGCAGAAAUCGCUGGGAAACUCACAGGCAUGUUGUUGGAGCUUCCCGGGCCGGCUCUGAGCCAGAUGUUGGAGGACGAGGCCCUCCUGGCGGGAGCCUUAGAGAAAGCCCUCAGCGCCUUGGACAAACAGCUGGUGCCGAGUAAUUACAAUGAUGAAGAGAAUGUUUCUGGGUCUUCAGACUCCCUUGGAGAUCAACUGUUUGAGCUUGUGGACACCUACAACACUGGGCACUCCCAUAAAAUAACCGGUAUGCUUCUCGAGCAGCACAAAGAAACCGUUUUAAAACUGUUCUCAGAACCUACACUGUUACAAGAGCAGGUGAACCUCUCCCUGAAGACACUUAACGAGCAGGAGUUGGAGACCUGUAUGAGUGACCCAUCGCUCAUGGAAGACAUGGAUAGACUAGGAGAGAAUCUGUUCUUGCUGGUGGAGAGGCUGGAUUCAGUCCACGCUACUGACAUCACAGGUAUGCUGCUGGAGAUGGACCCCUCCACCCUCCCACAGCUACUGAGAGAUAACAAAGCGCUGGAAGGGGCGGUUCGGAAAGCACAGGCAGCACUGGAGAAUUUCAAGUCCUCUGUUUAAAAAAGGCAUCAUGAUUGUGCACGUUCUUCAAACAGAAGAGGAUCUUAAGAGAUGCUGGGAGCAAGAGAACGGUAAAGGGUGGACCACCAUGGCUGCAGAUCAUGUGUUUCCAACCAAAAUACGUUUUAAUUGUAUGGAUGAGAUGAUUAGGAUCCACAGGGAUCUGGGACUCUUAAACACUUAGAGGAUACACCCUGUAUGCUAGACUGACAAACCCCUUUUAGAAAUAGGACAUUUGUUCACCUUCGAGGUGUAAGCUGGAAUUGUGCAAUUUCACAUGACUCAAUGCAAGUUGAAACUUUGUUUUGUUUUCUCAUUAUUUCACCAAAAUGUUGCCAGAAAAAGCAAUUUAAUCAAUACAAUGUGUUUUAAUGGAAUGCUACAGGCAUGCCACAUAACAUUUGCUCCUGUCUGACUUACUAUAAUUAAUUAAAUGUGUUACACGCAAAAUACUUACAACUUAAAUUGUAUGACUAUGUAUUUACUAUUACUCUAAUGUCCCUUUUUCCUACACCCUCUGUUUGCGCUCCUUGACUUGUGUUCAUGCAUACAAGUGCAUUAGAGGCAUGCAUUGUAGAUAUUUCUAUUUUCAAUCAUUUAAUGAUUCUCUACACAUGGAUUCUGACAUUUUCAGAAACAUUAAAGAUCAAGAGUAGGCCACAGACAGGUCUUUGAAAGUGCUAAAGAGCGAAAAAAUAUCUUUAUUUAAUUUCGUUUUAUUCUUUUGUAUAGAAUCUUACAAUAGGGAUUUUUCACUUUGGGGUAAAUGACAAGUUUCUCUCAAAGGGAGGAUUAAAAAAAAAUCUGUUACACUGGUCUAGGCCUAUUACCAAAGCAAGCCAUUUAAGAUCAUCACAAACUAUUGGUCUAUCGGGUCUUAGGGAGACGGGACAACAGUUAGCAAAGAAAUGUUCUGGGGAAAUUAAUUUGAUGCAAUAAGUUUUCAUUUUUGCAACUCAAAUUAAUAUGCAUAAGCUGCAGUUGAACAAUCAGGGAUGCGAAUCAACCACUAGAUUAUGACUAAAACAGAUUUCAUUCAAGCCCAUCAGAAAAUAAAAUUAGUUGCUCUCAAAACACACAUUCAGGACUACGACUCGAUAAAUACAAUCAAUCAGAUUUACACAUUUGGAUGGAUUUGUUAUACCACAUUUAAAGAGGGACUUGUAUUCUGAAUCCUGGUGUUACUGAAGACCAAUCCUUGUUUCUCUGAGCUGAACCACCACUUGGGGGGCCGUGUGAUAGCUCGAGAUCUUGGAGUAAACAUCUCAAAAGUUGGAAUAACAAUCGACAAAAAGGUGCAGAGGUCAAGGAUGUGAC